AUGGCAUUCGAAUCCCUCGCAUUCCACACCAAACUACGCAUCCUUCGAUGGCUAACUCGACUUCUAGCCUGGCUAGAUCGCAAAAGACAUCCAGUUUCAACAAUUACCCCGACCUCCCAAAUAUCCAUCCCCUCCACCCUGUCCGCCUCCCCGGGCAAUUUCGACCUACACAUCUACCACCCUCCCGGAUACAACCAGUCCUCCACGGAGAAAGGAGAAGCCCCCUACCCUGUAGUGAUCGUACUACACGGAGGCGGAUGGUGCGUAGGCCACGCGCGCCAUGACGAACGCUUCAUCGAGACAGUCACGCAGCGCGGUAGAGCCGUCGUGGUAGCUGUCAACUACCGCCUCGCGCCAGAGCACGCCUACCCGGUACCUUUACUUGAUUGCGUGGACGCCAUGCUCUACAUCUGGAAGAAUGCUACAGCAAUGGGAGUCGACAAACACCGCACGUUCAUCACGGGGUUCAGCGUCGGUGGGCAGAUGGCGUUCGCGUCUCAAUACUGGCUUGCGCAGGCUCUCGCCCAGCAUGAACAUCCGCAGAUUGAUCGCGCCUCGCUAGGCACUGUCAAAGCCAUAACAGCAUUCUACCCGCCUAUGGACCUCACGAAAACCCGUGCUCAGCGCGCAGCAUCGAACCCGGCAUUUAUGGCUUUGAAAAAGAAACCCGCCUCCUCGUCCAAAUUGAUAGGCGAUAUCUUUGACCGCGCGUAUUUCUGGAACUUGCCCGAUACAAUCGAUAAAAGCCAGAUCUGGAUUUCGCCAGGACUAGCCCCGUUGGAGAUGAUGAGCAGGGCGUUGCCGAAUCACAUAUAUGUCAAACUUGCUGGCUUAGACCCCUUGUUGGCGGAAGGGAAAGCGGCGGCUGCUCAAUUCGAAGCCGCGGGAAAGCAUGUUGAGUGUGAAGUGGUCGAGAAUGUGCCGCACUAUUGGGACCAUUUGGGUAAGACGGAGCAUGAGAAAACGCUUCGGUCAAGAGUCUAUGAGAAGGCAGCGGACGAGAUGGAGGAGGUGUUAAGAAAUGUGAAUAAACUGUAG